GUAGACCUGGUUUAGACCUGGUUUAGGUUCAGGGGAGGAGAGGUAAACACAAGAGAGACACAGGAGAGAAAAAAAGAGGGAGAGAGGAGAGGAAGAGAGAGAGAAAGAGUGGAGGGAGGAAAAAAAAGAGCAGAGAAUUACAACCAGACCACGAGGAGAACCUGAAGGACCUGAGAGCGUCCGGACUCAUGAGAUCUGAUGAGACCUGCAGGUUUUUCCACACAACAGCCCAGCAUGAAGUUCUACUAUGUGGGUGCCCACAUUUGGAGCACGAUGCUGGGUCACUCGGUGCACCUGUCCCCCGUCCCGGUGCAGAGCCUGUCGGAGCUGGAGAGAGCUCGUCUCCAGGAGGUGGCGCUGUGGCAUCUGGAGGAGAGAGAGUUGGACUUAAAGAUCUGCAUCCCCAAAGAAACGAGGAAGAGGAGGAAGUCCAUCCGCAGAAAGUUUGACUCUUUUUCGAAGGAGAAGAAGGAGCGCGAGACGGCUCCCAAAGUGUUCGGCCUGCCUCUGUCCCAGGUCAUCGCCAACGACCGCGCUCACAAACGCAGACAGGACGAGCUGAAGGAGAGCCGCAGGGACUGUCUGGAUCUAGAGGCCAGCGUGCUGCGCUUCAGAGCCCAGAAAAGGCUCCUGUUCUCGGGCAGCAGGCCUCUGAUGAACCCCCCCUUCAGUGUGGCUCCUGCGUCUCCCUCCGCCAACUCGGUGGCACCCGCUCCCUUCUGCGACAAACCACAGUCGCCCACGUUUCUGGACAACAGCGGGAGAGUGCAGCGCAGGGGCGGUCUGUCGGUGGACUCUAUCUCAGACCUUGUAGAGAGCCAGUCUCGCCUGUUGGAGGCGCUGCAGCUGUCUCACCCUGCGGAGCUGGACCUGAAGAAGCCUCAGGAGUCCAGCAGGGGGCGCACUCCCUCCAAACUGAGCCUGAACCCCAUCUACAGACAAGUGCCCCGCCUGGUGGAGAGCUGCUGCUACUGCAUCGAGAGCCACGGGUUACAGACGGUGGGCAUUUUCCGAGUGGGGAGCUCCAAGAAGCGUGUCCGCCAGUUACGUGAGGAUUUUGACUUGGGUCUGGACGUGCGGCUGGACGAGGAGCAGAGUAUCCAUGACGUAGCGGCUCUGCUUAAAGAGUUCUUACGGGACAUGCCUGACCCUCUGUUACCACGGGAACUGUACCCCGCCUUCCUCCAUGCCAACGCUUUGCACGGAGCAGAUCAGAUUGAGUUUCUGCAGUUCCUCCUCUUCCUCCUCCCUCCCUGUAACUCAGACACUCUGUGGAGGCUCCUGUCUCUGCUGCACCGAGUCCAGAGCCACGCCCACGACAGCGUCAGCCCAAACGGAGAACAGAUCUGUGGAAAUAAGAUGACGGCUGCUAACCUGGCUGUGAUCUUUGGUCCAAACCUUCUGCAGAAGGAGAGGACCUCAGAGUGUCCUCUGUCUCUGGGCAUCGAGGACAGCAGCACCAUCAUCAACGUGACUCUGGUAUUGAUCCAGAACUACAGGAGGCUCUUCACGGUUUCAGCAGAGCUCCAGCAGGAGGUGCUGAUGAGCCUGAUCCAGACCGACCCCGACAUCAUCGACUACCUCCUGCGACGCAAACUCAGCACCGUCCCCCUCUCCCCCUCGCCCUCCCCCUCCGGUCGCCACGACACCCGUCCCUCUCUGGACUCAGUGGGAGCUUCCAGCGGCAGCGUCUCUCCCCAGGACCCGCCCUCUCCUCCGUGCCCCCCAGACGGAGCCUCUUCCGUGGGGACCCUGAGCGGCGAAGUCCUGCUGAAGGCCAUCAGACUGAACCAGAGCCGGAGGAGACAGGAGCACCAGAGGGGUGACUGCGCUCUGGUCAAGUCCUUCUCCCACAUGAGACAGUUCCACUCCCACCACAACCUGCUGAGUCUGACCCUGCCCUCACCCUCGUCACCCACCUCAGACUUGUCCCCUUUCUCCCCAUUCUCUCCCUGCUCCUCAGCCUCUCAUCCCUCCCCCCUCUCCCCCCUCUCUCCCUUCUCCCCCUCCUCCCUCUCCUCCCCCCAGAAAACAGACAACCAGGAGCUCCAGGACCCCCCCUCUGCCCAGCCCCUCUCCCCCAGCGCAGAGGCCCCGAGGCUGGGCAGCGGCUCCGGUCCGAGCGGGUCCAGUGAGAGCAGCGUGUGGGUGCGACAGACUCCAUCGGAAGAGACCAGAGACCAGACCAGAGACCAGGCCAGAGAUCAGACCAGACACCAGACCUGGGACCAGACCUGGGACCAGACCUGGGACCAGAUCAGACACCAGACCAGAGACCAGACCAAGGACCAGACCAGGGACCAGACCAGAGACCAAACUAAAGAUGAGCUGAAAAAUGAGCAGAAAAACUCAAACUUCUGGGACUUUUUCAGUGGGAAAGGCUCCAGCUCUGAGACCACGGUCUGAGGAAGAACUACUGGUUUAAAGAGGAGCAGCUAUAGAAGCUAAACACCUCUAGAACUGAAAAUUGAUUCUUUGGAGAGAAUUGGAAGAGACAUUUCUUCAGCUCUGUUCAAACACUACAGCAGACAUAUACAUAUAACACUUUGCCCCAGAGACAUAUUACACUAUUUUUGUGUUAUAUAUGUUAGAAUGUUGCUUCCUCGUCACAAACAGACCUGGAGUUGGGUUUUAUUUCAUUCACACGUUUAACACACAAACCCUGCAUAUGUAGGCUGAAUUUUUCUCUGUUCCACCUUGUGAUGACAUGCGGUAAUAUAAGUGUUCCACUGUGUUUUUAAACUCCAUACACCUUCACUAUAAUUAUUUGGCUGAUUUCAGCCCUGGAAUUGCCAUAUUCUACUGAACUAAAGGUAAAAGGUAGCCAUUAACAUUUUGAGUUUGAGAUGUAGACAAAUUAAUAAUAAAGAGCUACUCAAACCUAUGUGAAUGAAACAAAACACAACUCCAGUUGUGUUUUGAAGAGGUAACAACAUUAUAACAUGACUUAAAGCUCACAAGAGUCAAUUUUGUGUAAUGAACCAAGUCUGCCUCAUUAAUGACACUUGUAAUGUACAUAUUCUUCAUACGUUUGUAAACAUAAAUGUCUUUUCACAAAAACUACCUUUUAGUUUAGAUUAAGAAGUGCAUGAUUUGAAGAGCUCCGUAAGAGACAAAAAAGGUCAUAUAUUAAGAUUUUUUUUUUUUUUGACUUAAUCUGUCUGGUUUUGUCAAUGUAAAUAAACGUAUAACAGAAAAACUGACUGUACAUAAUUACUGCAUUUAUAAUUGUUAAAUGAAUAAAUUAUAUUUUAUACAAGUUACUACAUAAA